AUGACACUAGCUGCAACCAAGUGCUGGUUUAUUUGGAAAGAAAGGUGUCUUCGGAUAUUUGAAGAUAAAUCUAGAACACCAAUUCAGUUAGCACUAGAUAUAUCAAAACACUAUGAGUACUGGUAUCCAAUGACUUUAAAUAGUUUGAAUCAAACACAAGAUAAAACUAUCAAAGCAAUACCACAUUGGACCUUCCCAAUCAAAAAUACUUUCAAACUAAAUUGUGAUGCUUCUUCGUUAUCUGAAAAAACUAAUGCAGGUUUUGGUUUUGUUCUUCGUAAUUGGACAAGAACCUUCAAAGGAGCAGAAUCAGGCAUCUUCAGGACUUCCACUGCUGAAGAAGCAGAAGCUCUAGCUCUUCUUCAAGCAGCUAAGUGGGCCAAACUACAUAACAUACAACAUCUAGUCAUAGAAGGAGAUAACAUGGCGACAAUUAGGUAUUUACAGGGGAAGGAAUCAACUAUCCAAUGGCAAAGCAUUGCAAUUCUAGAUGAAGUUAAGAAUCUAGUAGAACAAAUGAUCUCUUUUUUGGGUUUCCAGUACGUAGACAGACGAGCAAACAAAGUGACAGGCCAGUUGGCAAAGAAAGGAAGAAUAAGUACCACUGCAACUUCUUGGUUUGACCAAACUCCCUUAUUUCUAAUUCCAACAAUUGCUUUUGACACUGUUAAAGCUUACGAUUCUUGUAAUAUAAGUACAAACCUUGUAUCAGUUCAAGAGGAGACUAAUCUUACAUAUUCAAUCAUCAGCAGGACAACUCUAUUUGAGCUCGCUCUUAAUGAGAAUGAAUCAAAUGUUUAG